CAACAACGGUUGGCAAACACGGUGCGUUUUUUGCUUUCCCAGUUUAUUUUUUUUUUAUUUUUCACAUAAUUAUUUUGUUUUCUUUUUUUUUUUUUUGCAAAAAAAAUUUUUGAAUUUUCAUGCAACAACGGGAAAAAUGUUAAAUAAAUAUUGAAGUUUACAAAUAGAAAAAAUCUAAAAUUCAGCAAACAAAAUAGAAUAAACACAUAUUGCAGCUUUUGUACUUACAACCCGUAUCUAAACGAAAAAAAAAUAACAUAAAUGAAAAAAAAUUAAAUUGAACUAGUGAAUAGAAAUUGUAACGAGAAAAAAAGUAUUGCUAAACAGUAGAGGAGAACGAUAAUAUUACAAAAAAAAAAUCGUGGAAAUAAUCGAAAAAUUAAAAUCAAAAUGGUGGAAAAUCGAAAAUUGUUUUAUGCAAUUAGUUUGAUGUUAUUGACUUGCUGUCAAAUUAUUACAAUGUUGCCACAUAAUGUUGCAAGUAGUGAGAGUAGUAGUGUAGCAACAACGACAACAACAAUAACAACUAGUAAUAGCAAUAGCAAUAACAGUGAAAACAAUAAAGCUGAAAUGCAGCAGCAUGAUAAUAACAACAAGAGCAACAAAAACAUCAACAAUGACGAUAGUGAUUCCUUAAUAAUAGCGGCAGAAAGAAAACAAAAACAAAAAACAAUUGUUUCGAGUGAGAAUGUAUGGGAGACCCAGGAGAAUGAUUCCAGACCAACAGACAAUAUUGAUGAUUUGAUUUUUCUCGACAAACGACCAAUUAACCAACAUCAUCAGCACGAAAAACAGCUGCAACACCAGCAGAAGCAGCAAUAUCAUCAUCAUCACCACCAUCACCACGAGUCGCAAGACCACCUACAGCAACCAACAAAUGAACAAAACCUUUUUGAAUUUCAUCACAUAACCAUGGAAAGUGGCAGCAGUAGCAGCAACAGUAAUACCAACAGCAAUAGCAAUGAAGAUACAGAUUCAUUAACAGAUACAACAUACUCAACAAUGAUUGUUGUCGAUGAUGAUGAUGACGACGUUGCAGAUGAUGGCAUACCGCACGAAAUUGAAUUACAACCCGAUAUCAAUGAAGAGGUCACUCCCCUCACAGUAACACCCUUGGAUUUAAGUGAUUUUCUAUCAUUAAUACCCGCUACUAAAGUUAAAACAAUUGUUAACCAUUAUUACCACAACGAUCCGGAAGUUCAACGUGCCCAUGCCUUUAUGUCUAGUCGUGAUUUUUUAAUGCUCAAACAUCAUAUAAUUGCCGUACCGGAAAUGUCAGCAUUUUUACGUUAUUUAAAUAAUAGCGGCUUAGAUUUAGUCAAAUUUGUCACAGCUUUAACAAAUUUAACCUCAUACGAUGCCGCGAACACUAUCCGAACACAAAAUUCAACAGCAGAUCUGAAUGCAGCAAUGGCGGUGUCAGUUGAGGAACAAACAACGACAUUUAUGGCGGAAACAAAUGACAUAGAAUAUGCACAAAAACAAAACAAUAAAAUAACACCGACAAUAUCAAAUAUUGAAAUCCAAAUUACAACAAACCCGCCAACAACAACAACAACAACAUUAACAGAAACAACAACAAUAGAAGAUAUAGAAACAACAACAGUUAAAGAACAACUAAAUGGUUUACAUGGAUUAGUUGAUAGUGUUUUGGACGUAUUGCCACAGGAUCAAAUACUCGCAACGUUCUUUGAUAAACUCGAAGCCAAUGAACAAUUUUCAAAACUAGUCGAUAGUAUUGGCAGUCCAGAAUUUGCUAAAAUACUAAACAACAUGCAGAAUUCAAUGCCUUUAAGAAAUCUAAUAUUUACACUGCAUAAUAAUGGUAUCUAUGUUAUACGAAUUGUUGACUCGUUAAAAUCGUAUUUUUUCCUUGGAGGAUUUUAAAACGACAAAUAAACACCAGCCACAAAAAAAAAAAACACAACUUUUAAUAAAACAGACAAAAAGAUACGGAAAAUAUGAACAACAUAAAAACAUUAAAAUCAACAAAGGAAUAAAAUCCAUAAGAAAGAAAAAGGAGUUAAAAAACCAAGGAGCACUAAAAAAUAUAUAUAUAUAUGUAUUAUAAAUAUAUCGUAAAAUAAUUCAAGUCAAUAAAAGGUCGAAUGUAAA